CAAAAUCCAUUCCAUAUUUUGCAUUUUGAUCUACAAUUACCAGUACACUACUUUUGAAACAAAAUUAAGCAAAAAAAAACCAAUUAACAUGGCAAACCAAGGAAGCAACAACCUUCAUAGCAGUAUCCAAGUCCCCGGCCAAGCUCAGAUGAUAAGGGAAGACUGGCUGAACCAACCAUCUGACAUCCAUAACCAGAGCCAAGGCCAAUCAACCAACUUGCUUCAAGAGACUGGGACACAAGUGAAGAACAUGGCUCAAGGAGCAGCAGGUAUGGCACAAGGAGCAGCAGGAAGUGCAGUGAACAUGGCUCGAGGAGCUGCAACGGGUGCAGCACACAUGGCACAAGGCGCAGCUGACGCGGUCAAGAAUACUCUCGGAAUGAAUCCUCCAAAUAACACUAGGGACAAUGCAGGUGGAAACUAUUUCAACCAGCCAGGUACCAUCAACUUCAAUGAUGAGUUCCCAAACAGUGACACCAGCGUCCCAGGCGAUACAAAUUACCCUGGUGGCUUGAACUAUCCAACCAACCCGAGCAAUCCCAGUAUCGGCAUUUAAAGUGUCCAUCGAGAAUUCAUGUCAUACCUUGAUUAUUGCGCGUUCUAAUUUUUCUUAAUUCCCUUUUUUUGUUUCUUUGUGUGUGUGUGUGUUUGUUUUUUAGUCCUUUCGGGGAAAUUGUUGAGUGGAGGAGGUGUUAUGUCCGUUCGUUUUUAACACCAUUUAGUUGCGGGGAAACCUGUAAUUUUAAUCCUCCCUUAUUUUCCUGGUAUAAUAAGAUUCAAUAGAUGGCCCGAGUUCAUUUUUCUGAGAACAUAUUGUCAAUUUGAAAAAUGUUGAUUGAUCAGCGGAUUUUAUUUAAA